AUGGCCACUAAAGUGCUAGGGAAGGUUAAUGCCAAGACUAAGUUUUUGGCUAGAAUGUCUAAGCUGCUUGAUAAGGACUCCAUGAGAGUGCUAGACACUGCCCCCAUUCAAUGCAGUUUUGACUAUGCGAGGAAUGGAGAGGGAUGGGAAGAUCUGAGCCACGCUGUGACUGUACAGUGCCCCACCGCUACCACAACGCAAGACCCUCUAGAGCACCCUCUCCUCUCUUCAUCCCCCUCUUUCUCUCCCUCUAUUUGUCUAGACAGAGGUAGACUGCUGCCCUGCCUCCAGCGCCUCUUUCUCAGCUGCAACAGCAUCACCAGUUUUGAUGAGCUAGCCUGCCUGGGAGAGUCCUGCUCCCUUUCUGAGCUCACCCUGGAUGGGAACCCAGUAGCCCUGGAGACAUGGUACAAGCAGGCCGCCCUGCGCUGUGUGCUUCAACUCAGACAGCUGGACAUGAAACGUGUCACGGAGGAGGAGAGACGUAUGGCCUGCGUCACGGCCCGGAAGGAGGAUGAGAAGAAGAGGGAGAGUCACAAGCAGGCCAUGCACAAGAGUCCUGCACAUGUUGCGCCUCAGCAGUUCUACACUCAACUUGGACUCAAGUCUCAGGACUCCUCAGUGACAAGCAAGGAGAAGCGGCGUCUGGCCAUCCGUAAUGCAGCACUGCAGUGGGAGGGGGUCAGGGCCUGCCUGGAGCACCCGGCUCAGAACGGAGCCAAGGAGGAAGUCAGCCCUGAAGCAAGCCCCGCCCACAGUCCCGCCCAGACCAAUGGCCUUGCACUGGAACCUUCUCCGGAUGAGCAGCUCAGACGGGUGAGUCCGGUGUCGGCUCCGGACAGGCCAACAGGGGGCAGUGAGACCCGGAUACGCUCCACCAGUCGCCCCAACAGUCCUCGAGACCCCAAGCUCCUUGAGGCAGGGGGUGCCAGCCUGCAGAGCCUCUCCCUGUCAGACAGCCACCUGGCGGAGCUGGAUGGGGAAACCCUGCGCCUGUUCGGCCUCGGGGCCCUGGAGGCCCUGGAGAGAGGCUGGGGGGUCCAGACUGCAGGGGCCGUCACUGUCAUAGCCUUCCGCUACAUCCACUUUGAUGCGAUCGUGCCAACACUGCCACGCAUAAGGGUCAAGUUCCCCAACCUAUCUCACCUGAUUUUCCUGGAGACCAACGUCUGCCGUCUUCCCCAGCUGGCUGCUCUGGCCCAGGUGAGACGUCUGGACCAGCUGACCAUCCACCCAGAGGGGAACCCUGUAGUCAGCCUUUCCCUGUGGAGAUCCUUCCUCAUCUACCGCCUGCACCACUUCAACCUGCACAAGAUCAACAACCUGGAGGUGACCAUGAAUGAAGUGAUCUCUGCAGAGCGUCUGUUUGGAACGCUGGGUCAUAUUGCUGCCACCGAGACACCACGCUGCCGCCUGCUAGUACUGCUGGAGGAGUCCAGGAAGCGUCAGCUGCAGUUUCUGUUAGAGGGGCGUGGGCGCCGUGCAGGCUUGAGCCCAGAGGAGCUGCGUGACAACGGCAAGCUGCUGGGAGAGGGCCUGAGCAGAGCCCUGUUCAACUACCCCAGUAGAGACUGCUGCAGUGUGGGAGCGGAGAGCCCAGAGGAGGGUGCUAUGGAGUCGUCAUCGGAGUGCGGAGCCGUGAUGGAACAGUACAUACAGGCUCAGGUCCAGAGGGCAUCUGACACCAACCUGAAGAGGGAGUCCCUCCACAAACUGUGGCCCCCCAUGUUCAUGGAGAUGGUGAGAGACUAUGUGCUGGAGAUGAGGGACCGACCAACCUUCCGUCAGGCCUGCCUCAACAGGCUCUCCACACAGGGAAAGUGAGAGGGUGAGGGGUAUAGACCUGGUAAACCUCCAUAAGACCUACAGUACAGCAAACCGGACACAUACUGGAAACAGGUACAGCGUACUGGACACAUACUAGAAACAGGUACAGCAUAUUGGACACAUACUAGAAACAGGUACAGCAUACUGGACACAUACUAGAAACAGGUACAACAUACUAGAAACAGGUACAGCAUACUGGAAACAGCUACAGCAUACUGGACACAUACUAGAAACAGGUACAGCAUACUGGACAUAUACUAGAAACAGGUACAGCAUACUGGACACAUACUAGAAACAGGUACAGCAUAUUGGACACAUACUAGAAACAGGUACAGCAUAUUGGACACAUACUAGAAACAGGUACAGCAUACUGGACACAUACUAGAAACAGCUACAGCAUACUGGACACAUACUAGAAACAGCUACAGCAUACUGGACACAUACUAGAAACAGGUACAGCAUAUUGGACACAUACUAGAAACAGGUACAGCAUAUUGGACACAUACUAGAAACAGGUACAGCAUAUUGGACACAUACUAGAAACAGGUACAACAUACUAGAAACAGGUACAGCAUACUGGAAACAGCUACAGCAUACUGGACACAUACUAGAAACAGUUACAGCAUACUGGACAUAUACUAGAAACAGGUACAGCAUACUGGACACAUACUAGAAACAGGUACAGCAUACUGGACACAUACUAGAAACAGCUACAGCAUACUGGACACAUACUAGAAACAGCUACAGCAUACUGGACACAUACUAGAAACAGGUACAGCAUACUGGACACAUACUGGAAACAGGUACAGCAUACUGGACACACUGGAAACAGCUACAUCAUACUGGACACAUACUAGAAACAGCUACAGCAUACUGGACACAUUACUGGAAACAGCAACAGCAUACUGGACACAUACUAGAAACAGGUACAGCAUACUGGACACACUGGAAACAGGUCAGCAUACUGGACACAUACUGGAAACAGGUACAGCAUACUGGACACACUGGAAACAGGUCAGCAUACUGGACACAUACUGGAAACAGGUACAGCAUACUGGACACAUACUGGAAACAGGUACAGCAUACUGGACACAUACUAGAAACAGGUACAGCAUACUGGACACAUACUGGAAACAGGUACAGCAUACUGGACACAUACUAGAAACAGGUACAGCAGAAUGGAAACAGGUACAGCAUACUGGAAGAUGGAUGUGGAUUUUUUAUUUUAAAGGCAACUUUGGGGGGGGGGGUUCUCACCAGCUGGGCCUCAUAGACUUGAAUGCACAUUAUCAUGGAAAAGACAAUAUUGAUGUUUGUUCUAUACUCUGUUCUUCCUAUUCAACUUGAUUCCAGGAUGCACGGAGCUAUAGAGCUAUAUACUUGAGAAAGUCAUUGUGAGCGUGCAUUGUCAUCCCUAAAGAGAAACAUGCUUUGCACUUUAAAGCCUUCAUAAAGAUCCUGUUCUGGAGCCUUCAUCUCCAGCUGAAGAUUACAAUGAGUGUGUCUCAUAGAGCCUAGAAUGAUUGUGUCAUGAUAAUCCUCUUCUUAAUGUUACUCUCUCUCUGCCUGGCGUGAUGACAAGGGCACAAAAUACACGUUUUCUUUUCGGACCACUAAUUUUCUGUAUUGUACUUAAAUAAAAUAUUCCCUA